AUGAAUCCUUCGCGCCCCUUCAGCCCUUUUAGCCGCGCCGCCCAGAACACCUUUCGCAACCCGCUCGACUUUCUCGGCAACCUGUCGCGCGCCGCUGUACAGCAGCAGCAGCAGCAGCAGCAGCAGCAGCAGCGACUCCCGAGUGACAACAAGAGGAAGAAGCGCAACAGCAACCAUCUAUCGCGUCGCAAUCCCAGCCUCAGCUCGCUCGACGAUACGGACCACUCGGACGUGGAGCAGUACGCCCAGAUGGAGGCCAGGCGCAGUCACUCGACGCACAACUCGCAGUCGGAGCUGCAUCCCCCCUCGAUCCCCUUGAUCGACUUUGGCAGUCGCAGCACCAGCCCUUAUCCGCGCAACCGCAGUGCUGCUCAGAGCGAGGACGACGACGAGGACGACUUCGAGGCCGUCAGCAGCUUACGGCCAUUGGUCACCCAUCAUGGCAGCAAAGGAAGCCAUGCGUGGAGGGGCUUCUGGCGACAGGGCGGGCCAGCCGCCUUUUUCUUUGGCACCUGGCUCGGCUGGCAGGUGUGGGUGGCCCUGCUGGUCUUCUGGGUAGGCGGCUGUGGCUUUGGCCUGCUGCUGAUGAACCGCUUCAUCAUGUUGACGGGCAUCUACAAGCUGACCUACCCGCUCACCGAGACAUACGUCCAGCUCCUCAUCACCCACCUCCUCCUCAUCUUCGUCUCGAGCCUCCUCCGCUUCCUCGGUAACCCCCUCCGCUUCAUAGGCUUCGCUGCGGCCAUACCACCCUCCCAGCCUGCAGCGCCGCAAGGGGGAGCUUAUCGAGGAAGCCGGAAGCCGGGCAUAGCUGCAUUCGCUGCUUGGCUAUCCAAUGGAUCAGGGGGCAUUGCGGGCGGCGGCCUCUUCGAGUUUGACUGGCAGAUUGCCAAGCAGGUGCUCCCACUGGCAGCCCUCUACGCUGCCAAAGUGCUCCUCAGCAACUACUCCUUUGCCUACGCUCCCCUCCCGACAUACCAGCUCGCCCGCAUUGGCAUCACCCCGCUCGCCCUCGUCUUCUCGUGCGUGCUCCAAAAGGAAAACUUCAGUGGCGGCACCCUCUCCUCUGCCCUCGUCGCCACCCUCAACCUCUUCUUCGCUUCCUACCGCUCCAACAUCCGCGUCACAUGGGAGUCCGUCGUCGCCGGCGUCUUCUCCUCCAUCUUCGUCGCACUCUACCCCAUUCUCCUUCUACGCACCUACCGCCUCGUGCUCGCCAGCCUCGUGCCCCAAGGCGACAUCCUCUCCGGCUACCCCUCAAGCGCUGAGGAACCCGGCAACAGAGAGGAAACCCGCGCCUUCUACCGCACCCUACACUACACCUCCCUCCUCACCCUCCUCCUCCUCACCCCCAUCGUCCUCGUCUCCGGCGAACUGCCCCACAUCUACCGCAACAUCCCCUUUCUCGACGUCCCCUUUUUCUGGGCCAUGAUGCUCUUUGGCGGCAUGGGCUCCUGGGCCGUCUUUUCUAGCACCCUUUUGCUCGUCAAGGCAACAUCCCCUUUUACAGCGACGUUUGUGCAUGUGCCCCGCAGUGCGUUUCAGCUCGUCGCGAUUAGCUUGUUUAGGGCGCCCGCGCAGACUUGGGUUGCCGUUGUGUUGUGCUGGGUUAGUAGUCUGUGGUUUUUGAUCGCGAGGCGGGAGGAGGGGAGGAGUCGGGAUCGGUUUCGCUUGGAGGGGCGCAUUUUCCACCUCGCGUCACGUCAAGUCAGGUAG